AUGAGGGCACUUAAAUAUUUGUUGGUGUUAAUUUGCAGAAAGUUGGGGGAAUGGAUGGAGAUCACCAUAGUGAGAACUCACAGUUCCUACUCCUGGGGAUGUCGGAGAGUCCCGAGCAGCAGCUGAUCCUGUUUUGGAUGUUCCUGUCCAUGUACCUGGUCAUGGUGGUGGGAAAUGUGCUCAUCAUCCUGGCCAUCAGCUCUGAUUCCCACCUGCAUACUCCUAUGUACUUCUUCCUGGCCAACCUCUCCUUCACUGACCUCUUUGUCACCAAUACAAUCCCCAAGAUGCUGGUGAACCUCCAGUCCCAGAAUAAAGCCAUCUCCUAUGCAGGGUGUCUGAUGCAGCUCUGCUUCCUGGUCUCCUUGGUGACCCUGGACAACCUCAUCCUGGCUGUGAUAGCAUAUGACCGCUAUGUGGCCAUCUGCUGCCUCCACUAUGUCACAGCCAUGAGCCCUGGGCUCUGUAUCUUGCUCCUCUGCUUGUGUUGGGGGUGGUCUGUUCUCUAUGGCCUCCUCCUCACCCUCCUCAUGACCAGGGUGACCCUCUGUGGGCCUCGGGAGAUCUACUACCUCUUCUGUGAGAUGUACGUCCUGCUGCGGCUGGCAUGUUCCAACACCCACAUCAUUCACACAGUGCUGGUUACCAGUGGCUGCUUCAUCUUCAUUAUACCCUUAGGGUUCAUGAUCAUAUCCUGUGUACGUAUUGUCAGAACCAUCCUUCAAAUACCCUCAGCCUCUAAAAAAUACAAAGCCUUCUCUACCUGUGCCUCACAUUUGGGUGUGGUCUCCCUCUUUUAUGGGACACUUGCUAUGGUAUACCUGCAGCCCCUGCACACCUACUCUGUGAAGGACUCAGUAGCCACAGUGAUGUAUGCGGUGGUGACACCCAUGAUGAACCCUUUCAUCAUCUACAGCCUGAGGAACAAGGACAUGCAUAAAGCUCUGGGAAGACUCUUAAGGAGACCCUUUCAGAGGCUUAAAUGCAGGUACAACAUGUACCACUUCAAUGCUGACAUACAGUCACUCUGGACACAGCCCAUAUGGUUCAUACAGAAAUGCCAACAAGAUUCCUCUUGCGCUCUGGGAGAUUCCCAGCGGAGGAGCCCCACGGGUCACCAGCGCGACUCUUGUGACCGGCGAGGAGGUUUUGCUGGCACCUCGGAGCGUCGGUUCUUGGUGCAGAGUCAGAAAAGCACCAUCAAUUUUAACGCCGCUGAUUUAGUUGGCGCAGUGGGUUGCUCAGAUUUCGGCCGCUGA